ACAACCGGCCGCCGCCACAGCCGAGUUUCACAAGUCCCGCCGCGGCUGCCCGCAGCCCGCGCCCCCCGUGCGCCCACCCCGCGCCGCCCGCACUGCCCCCGUCCUGCCGCGCUCAUGCCAUGUCACCGCCGGGCGGCGGGACCCCGCGGCCAGCGGUAACCCCUGUGGCCCGGGGGGCACCGCGCCGGGGCUGGGCAUGGCACUGAGAGCGACUCCGGGACGCGCAUCUUCCUAGACGGAUUAAUUUUUCUCCAUCUCUAUUUACAUGGUGAUAAGAAGUGCUAAUCCCACUCUGUCAGUCUGGACUGAUGAAUCUGAGGAAUAGAACAGAGCCCUGUGUUGUGUAAACGAACUGAUGGAUGAAGAUGAGAAGGACAGGGCAAAGAGGGCAUCACGCAACAAAUCUGAGAAGAAGAGGAGAGACCAGUUCAAUGUCCUCAUCAAGGAGCUUUGCACAAUGCUGCAGGGCCACGGCCACCCUCUCAAGAUGGACAAGUCCACAAUACUGCAGAGGACCAUCGACUUCCUACAGAAGCAGAAAGAAAUCACAGCACAGACAGAAGCCUGUCAGAUUAGACAAGACUGGAAGCCUUCAUUUCUUAGCAACGAGGAGUUCACCCAGUUGAUGUUAGAGGCACUAGAUGGCUUUCUCAUUGCUCUUACCACUGAUGGGAUUAUUAUUUAUGUAUCUGAUAGUGUUUCAUCUCUGCUAGGACACUUACCGUCAGAUUUGGUGGACCAAAAUAUAUUAAACUUUCUGCCUGAGGGGGAGCAGAGCGAGGUGUACAAGCUACUUUCUCCACAUGUGCUCAUGACAGAUCCUGUUGCAGCUGAUUUUCUAAAUGCAGAAAAACAAAUAGAGUUUUGUUGCCAUUUAGCAAGAGGCAGCUUAGAUCCAAAUGAACCCCUGAUGUAUGAAUAUGUGAAAUUUGUAGUGGAUUUUAAAUAUUUUACUCAUGUGCCUACACCCUCCUGUAAUGGCUUUGAGUCAGCUAUUGCACGGGCUUUCAGGUCAGCCACGGAGGAGCAGAUCUGCCUGGUAGCCACCGUGCGCCUGGUCACGCCGCAGUUCCUGAAGGAGCUCUGCAAUGUUGAAGAGCCAUGUGAAGAAUUUACAUCGAGGCAUAGUUUAGAAUGGAAGUUUUUAUUCUUGGACCACAGGGCUCCACCUAUUAUAGGAUAUUUACCCUUUGAGGUUCUGGGAACGUCAGGGUAUGAUUACUACCACGCAGAUGACCUGGAGCUGCUUGCUAGGUGCCAUGAACACUUGAUGCAGUUUGGAAAAGGAAAAUCCUGUUACUACCGGUUCCUGACCAAAGGGCAGCAGUGGAUAUGGCUGCAGACACACUACUACAUCACCUACCACCAGUGGAACUCCAAGCCUGAGUUCAUUGUUUGCACUCACCUGGUAGUUAGUUAUGCAGAAGUUCGGGCUGAGAGAAGACGAGAUCUUGGCCUGGAAGAGUCAUCAAUUGAAUUGGCAUCCUCUUCUCUAAAGAGCCACAGCAGCUACCUGGACGUGGGGCAGUGCGGCAGCAGCCAGGACGCCAGCCGCGAGGGAGUGUCGCUGUCCUCGCACAGCUCCCGGCGCUCCUCGCACACCACCCUGUCCGACUCCACCUCUACGUCGUCCAUGCGGCGCACGGACACCAGCACGCCCAGCCGGCCGGGGGCUGCGGGGGACAAGGCAGCGCUGCGGCUGGCAGCGCCCGGCGGUGCCCAGGCCAUAGCCACUCCUCAAGCCCAUGGUGAGCCUGUCUCUCAGCACCCCGUGGCUCAGCUGGCAGUGCCCUCCCAGCACCCUGUGAUGCCAGUGUACCAUUUCCCCACCCAGCUGGGCAUGAUGCACCAGCUGAAGGAGCAGCUGGAGGAGAGGACUCGCAUCCUGCAAGCUGACAUCAAAACACAGCAAGAGGAGCUCCAUGUCAUCAAGGAGCAGCUCCAGCUCGUGCAGGACUCCAACCUGCAGAUGCUGAUGCAGCCGCCGAUCCCGGUCAUCGUGAGCAGCGUGCAGCAGCCCAGCGCCCGGAGGCCGCCGCAGGGCACGCCCGGGCACGGCGCGCCCAAGAGGUCACCGCAGCCAGCCCUGGCGGGGACAAAGCACUACUGCAGCACCCACCUGCUGGCACCGCACCCGCUCCUCAGGGACCCCUGUGGCACGGCCCCCCAGGUACAGCAGCAGAAGCAGCAGCACCCAAUGAGAGGAAGCCAAGGGCAGCAAACGUGCGUGCCAGGGCAGGCGAGCAUUCCAGUGCCCUUCUACAACAGCCCCGUGGUGCUGUCCCAGGCACAGCCCAUCGCCGUGGCCGCAGCCGCGCCGGCUGACCGCAGCGAGAGGCAGCCCCCGGCUGACUACAGCCAGGACAGGAGCCUCAGGAUGCUGUUGGAUCAGUCCAUCCAAGCCAUGAUGCCCGCAGCCAACAGCAGUUGCCAGCCCGUGCAGAGCAGUGCCAGCAGGCAGCAAGGAAAGUUUGUGGCAGAGCAGCAGAGCCUGCCUGCCCCGGCGCAGGGACAGCCAGGCAGCUGCAGCAGCGCCCGGGCCCCGCCGCCCCUCUUCUCCCCGUCCCUGGUGAUCCCACACAGCAGCUUCGCCUCCCACCAGGCCAGCACACCCCUUCACCUGCACCAGUGGCCACAGCAGCAGGCUCAGCAGCACCGCCUCUACCUUCAGAUGCAAGGUCCUGAGCUGGUGCCCGGGGCUCCGACGCCGCGCGUUUUCCAGCCGCCCCACACCCCGCAGCAGAACCCCUUGAGCUACUUCCUGCACCCGCAGCAGCAGAGCCACCACACGCAGGGCCAGCCCUGCAACCUGCCUGACCUGCCCGAGAUGCAGCUGCCCUGAGAGUGGCUUCUGGGAGACGAGGAGCACAGGGCUGCAGCCGCGGCGCGCGGGAGCACGGCACAGCACGGCAUGGCAGAGCACGGCACGGCAGAGGUCGGGCUCCGUGGGGACGUGGUGCCCGCAGGGACGGAUGGUCUGACAGGGCUGUGUGGCUGCAGGGCCUCGUUUGUUGGCAUUUCCAUGCAGCCAGCCCCUGAUGCUGCUCUGGCAGCAGGGUGUGCCCUGGCCCAGCGGUGCCACUGGAAGCGCUGGCUUUCUCGCUGCAGGGAGGGGAGGUAUCAGGCCAUCAUGAAGCUCGGUUUGCAAUGGGAAAAAACCUUUUUCCAUUCAGGACUUCAAUGCUGAAAGUCACUGUGAAUUUAAGCCCAGCAUUUGGAGCACAUAGACUGUACCAGUCCACAGGACACCAUUGGAUUACCGUGUACAUAACUCGUUUUGCUGUAGUAGGUCCAUUGUGAAUUCUUUUUCCUUUUUCUAUACCUCAGUCCCGCAGGUUUUUUUUCCAGGAGUUUGGAUAAUGCUGCUAAUUUACAUAACACCACUUUUGCCUGAAUUUCUUACUGUUGUUAUACCAGCUCACAUCACAGCUAGUUCAAUAUUUGUCAUGUUUUAUUUUUGGUUAACACGUGAAGAUAAAUUUGUAUGGUUUUUACUCCCUGUAGCCAAAUAUUUUUCAGGUUACAGACAAAGAAUCUUUACUCCUUUUUUUUUUGUUUGUUUCAAGUGAUGUAGUUCUAAAUGUUUCUAUUCAUAAAAACAAACAAACAUGCAUAGAACAGCAUAUGACAGCAAACUUUGUGGUUUUGCUAGGUCAUGUUUCAAUUUGGCAAACCCAAAAUAUAUAAUCACAACACACACGAUGUUACAAGCCCAUAGGGUCAGCAAUAAAUUGUAUUUUUGUAAAUUGUCACUUUUUAACUGUAAGUUUAUAUUUAUGAAUUGAAAAGCCAGUUUAUUCCUCAGUGGGUGUAUAGUUAAGUGUCCCUACUGUUUGUGUCUUUCCAAAGGAAAAAUUUAAAAGUACAUUUUUGGAGUGUUAGUAGCUGAGUACUAACUUUGGGCAUUGUUAGAGCCCAAAUGUAGAUGGGUUUGGCCAUUACUAUAAACUUUGCAAGGCAGUGAAGGCAGUGGGUAGUUAGGACCAGGUCCAUCUAGCAGUAAAGAUCUAGCUGGGAGACAGAGCAAGGUUUAGAGAGGAAUUAGUUCCUAAUGUUUAGUUCCUAAUAUCUGUUGAAACCAAGUAAAGAAUGCUUGGUUUUGCCUUUUUUUUUUUUAAUAUGGUGUUUUGGGUUUGGUUGUUUUUUUUUUGUUUCCUUCUUUUCCUUCUGCAAGCCUCUUUCGGGCCCCUUGCAGCAGCUGGUGUUCCUGGUGGAGCAGCUUGUGGCACAAGUAGCUGCCAGCAGCCCUGUGUUUCAAGAAAAGGGCACAGCAGGGCUCCUCCAGCCCUGGUGCACCAGGGCUGUUCCCAGCAGCUCCUCCUGGGCCAGGGAUGGGGUUUUGCUGUGCACAUUGCCUGGGGGAGUGGCAGUGGGAGGACAGGCUGCAGGAGCUGGGGCAGCCAGGAGCUUUCAGGGACUGGUGCAAGGCCCUAGGGUGCUUUGGUGUUUUGGCCAGGGCAGAGGUGGAUUUGUGAACAAAGCUGUGCCAACCCCUGGCUGUUCAUGGCUCCCCUCCCUUGGGCAGAAGCAGCUGCAGGGGUUGGCUUUGACUGGGACAUUGAAUGCACAGCUCCCAGGGCUACCAGACACGAUGGAUCCUGGCCACAGGCAGCAUUCUGGGCAUGCAGCUGGCUACAUGCAGCAUUCUGGGCAUGCAGCUGGCCUCAGAAUGGAGGCAGUGAGCUGCCCAACAGCCUGGGGUCCAUUGCUGGGGCUCGUGCCUUGUCAGCAGCACAGUCCCUGGCUGGGCCCUGCCCACCCAGCACAUGCAGCCCCUGGGUGCUGGGCAGCCAAGCAGCAGCUCUUGGACACAGUCUGAGCCAGCCCCUCCAUCCCAAACCAGGAGGAGAAAUCGUGGCUACAGCAGAGCCAUGGGCCGGGGCCACCUCGCUGCUGGUAGUGGGAUUGGGAACACCUGCCUUUGUGGGGCAAUCUGGGGCUGAAAUAUUAACACCUGGGCUUUGCUGCUCUGCAGGUUUGUUCUGCAGGAAGGGCCAGCACAGAGCCUGCAGGAUAGGAACACUUGUUUUUAAAGCACUAUUAGUUUUAGGGUCUCCCUUUCCCCAUUCUAAGGCGGCCGGGUUGCUCAUGAGGAUGCAGUAGGAGGGGGUUGUAUUUUUGGGAGUUGUUUGUGGGAUUUUUUCCCACCAUAGCCUUGGCACAUAGCAUUAGAGGGGAGGCAAACACAUACCUGUGUUAGGGCUCCAGCAUUGCAGUUUGUGAUAGAGGGUGGCUGGCUGGAGGGAAAGGCUGUGAUUUCCCUGGCUUCCCCAUUAAACCUGCAUCACCCCAACACAUCCCCAAGGCUGGUCUGCAGUGUCUCACCACCACACAGCCCAGCCAUGGCAGGUGACAAUCAAAUGGCUGGGGUCAGGGGCUUGAGGGGUGUAUUUUUUAACAGGGCUUGGUAGGGAGGUGACGGAGGCAGAGCAGUUUUCUGGCAUUGCUGUGGCUUUGACAGCAAGUCAAAAAAAAAAAAAAUAGGGUUGGGAAGGGGUUCUGGGGGAGGUGGGGGGCAGUGGGUGCACCAGACAGGGCCCUGCCCUGGGCACAGCCCUGCUGGUGGCAGCUGGGCUGCAGGGACAGAGGGCUGGGGCACAGCCCCUGCUCACAGCUCCCAGCGAGGAGCACAGAAGCUUGGUGAGGAUGUUUACAUGUUAGACCAGCCUUGCUAAAACCAGACCUAAAACGCACUUUAUGAUGUGCCCCCUUGUUCCCAGAGCCCCCCAGGCUGGCCUCGCUGCCGGUGGGUGGGGGCUGCACAGUCCCAGGCACUGCUCACGGGUAGAGCCUUGUUUCUCAACAUGUUCCAAAGGACAAAAUCCCACCGACCCUUUCUGGGCGUACUGGGCCUUUGCUCAGUCUGCCUCCAGCCAAGGACAAGGCUGGGUCAGGGCCAGGGGGGUUUUGCCUUAUAUUGUCACUCUCAAAAAAAUAGAUGGGUAAAAAAAAAUCUCUUUAUUCAGGUUGAUUUGUAUUUGUUUACCUCGGUGUUAGCUAUGGCCUGUGCUUUUAUGACUCAUUUGGAAUUGAGGGUUGCUGGUGGGUUUGGUUCACUCCCCCAGCCUCCUACAAGAAAACAGAAGUGUGACUUGUUGGUGACAAGCAGAGGGCAAGGAUGUGACUGAUGGCAGCCAGGGUUGGCCUCCAGUGUUGGUGUUGACCUAUCAGUCAUAAAUGUUCUGGGGUUUUCUAGUACACAAGUACCUAUAUACCAUAACUAUAUAUAGAUAUACGUAUUUUUAAUAUACAUUUAUAUGUAUGCAGAUGUAUAUCUCUAUAUAAAUAUAUAUAGGCCACACAAUUCCAGACCUCUGAAAACACAGGCAGCUUUAAAUAAUAAAGUCUUGCACUUUUAGCAUAUUUGUACAUAUAAGCUAAAGCCUGGUGGGUAUAAUCAGGCUGAUUUGACAAACACAAUGAGAAGUUACUGUAUAUAUUGUAUAUAGUCCACGCAAGAAAAAAAAAGAAAAUAAGAAAAACUCUAGAAUUGAGUAUAAAUCUUGGUUUAUUUUAUAUGAUGUUGAAUAUAAAUACAUUUAUAAAUGUUACUAUUCUUAAAAGUAUUUUGUAAUGGGAAAAAGUAAGUGUCUUAUGAAGAUGAACAGUAAAGAUUUUAUUCUUGUUUUGAAUCUAUGUCCCUGCACAGCUCCAUUGAAUGGGAGCCCAUGCAUUUUGACAAGCUUUAAACAGACUGUACAUAGUAUUUAAAAAAAAAUUAAGAAGAAAUAAAAUAAUACUUGUAGGACCUCUUA